UUAGUGUUUUUGAUUUUAAUUGAUCUACUUUUGAUUUUUUUAGGUCUAUCAAGAGGGACUCAGAGUUCGUAAAGUUUUAUCAGAUGAUAAACGGAAUGAGCUGAUUCCGUGUGUGCUAGACGCAUUGCUCGAUUUUCAUCUUAAUUUACUUCGAAAAAUUAAAAUGAGGCGAAGCGAAUCUGUAGUAGUUAGUGGUGUAUCGGACAUUAUUUCAGCUGAGUUUGAAUUUGGGGAAAAGAAUCGCGCAGCAGUUUUUGCGUAUACCGAAAUUUGUUCUAAGAAAGAGCGUUGCGAGCGGUUGUACGAUAGUUAUCGUAUUCAUAAAUUAGAGAGUGCGGCAGGCAAAGGAGAGUGUUUACGCGCUUUACAAGCUGUAAAAAAGUUUGCGGAACAUGUCAAUAGCGAAUUAUAUAAGAUAGAAAUGAAUCGAAGAUGGGAGCGGCUUAAAUCGCAGAUUAGUCGGUCUAGUGUCGGAAAGCAUAACCAAAAAUUUUCUUUUACAUUUGCUGACUUAAUCCUUCCUGAGGGUCCUGACCAGCGGAAGGUUUUACGUGUCGGUGAUGCUACUUGUUACAACAAUCCCAGUAAUCUAAAGUCAGAUGAUGGUUCAGAUGUGAAAUUGGUACUGUUCGAUGAUAUACUAGUCAUCUUAUCGAAAGCUCAAAGUAGAAGCGGCUAUGUUUUCCAUGAUCGGGGUCCUUCUGGCUUCUCAGUAAUUAAAGUUAAAACUAUGUUGGUUCGCGAUGUACCUCGCAAAGAUCUUAUGUUAUUUAUAAUUGCUCGGAACCAUCCGGCCUCAGAUCUUAUUCCUGUGCAGUUUCUUACUAAGAAAGAUUUUAUUGACUGGAAAAGGGCUUUGGAGGAGGCAAUUCAAACUGCUCCACCAUUCGUAAGGAGGAACGCAGGCGGUGAAGCGGAAUCAUUGUCGGAGCAGCAAGAAGAGAACGAUGAAGUUGUAUUCAGUGACCACAUCAGUCGGUGGGAGUUGCGCUUAAAUGAACUGUUCGAGCAGAGGAAGAAUGCUGAAGACGAACUUGCGAUGUUUGUUGAACGACGUAUUAGGUGGUUUGAAGAAUUGAAUGCUCAUUUGGCUAGUAUACCAGUUAAAAAUAAUUCCAGUGUAAUGGAGCGUGCUCAAAGGGCAGAAGAAGAGCAAACAUAUUGCUAUUUCGACAAUAAAUAUGACGCAAACGUGUGGAUGUUGGAGUCACCUGGAACUGCACUGCAAGAUGAAAGCCGUGGGAAUGCAUUUAAACUUCGUAGAAGGAACCGUACAUUCAAUGGUACUACUGAUAUUCAAAAAGUGUGUCAGUUUUCUUUAAGAAAAGCUGCAGCAGUGACUUCUUAUGUUUUGCGCGUUGACAGCUUCGCUACCACUCAACUAAAUAUGUUGAAAAAUCGAGGGCGUCGUUUUUCGAAGUUUCAAACUUCUGAACAUGAAUGGCCUGAAAGAUGGCGAAGUAAUCACGAGUAUGCUAGUGAAUACAUGGAAUUUUCAAGUAUUAGUCGUGAUGCUGAGGGAGAAAUUGCCAGUUAUGUUUUUUCUUUAUGCAUAGCUACGCAAAAACAACUUUUUCUUCUUUUCAGAAAUUGUGGUGUGUCAAUUAGACGACACACGACUGAACCAGUGCUAGCUGAAUCAAGGGAGGCAAAAAAUUUGUCGGAAGCAGUUGAGGCAGAUGAGGAGCUUCGUAUCGUCUUUCUACAACUUUGUCCGUCUGUUCGUGAACAGUUGUCACAUGUCAUCAAUGAAUAUUUGGCGGUUCGAGUGGAAAAUAGCAAGCUGCGUGACGAUAUCGCUUUGCUGUCGUUACAAAUCGGAGCUUUGAAAACUAGGCCUCUUGCUCAAGCAUCUUAUUCAGCUCUCGAAGCUCUGCGAAACAAGCAAAAUAAGUUGCAGGAAGAUAAACUUGCUUUCGAUUCCUACCAAGAGUCGUUAAAUGCUGAUCUAAAAAGAAAGCAAGAAGAGAUUUUGGAAAGAGAGAGGAACUUAAGGGACAGCGAGGAACAGUUAGAAGAAAAGUGGAAAACAUUUCUUGAGGCAUCUGGCACAAGUACAAAUCUUGAUGGUUUAAUGAAGCACAGGCCUCUUGCACCAACUAGGCCAGUUAUUUUAUCGACUGCUUUUCGACCUUCCUGCACUACACCAAAAAAUGUUCCUCUUGGCAAGUCACCUAGCGGUUCAUCCAUGCCUUUACACCUUGCAGAAAAGACUACUUUUUCGCGUAGCAAAAAGUCAUGA